AGGUAACAACGUAUCCGACAACCUCAGCGACAUUCUGACCCUCAGCGUCCGCCUGUACUGUAAACAAAACCCCAAUUUUGGAUUUCACGCGUGCCUUUUGCUUGCUUAGUUGAAUUUUGGAUAUGUAGUAUUAUAGGUAUAUAUGUAAUCAUUUCUUUCAGUAUUUUAAUUGCAUUCUCGAGAUGAACUUCACCAAACACGCUUCUUCCUUUUCCACCAAUUGCAUGCCCAAGUCGAAGACUUGGUGCCGUUUCUUUUGGUUUACGUCUCCCUACUCUUCUUUAUUAGCAAUCCCUUCGAAAUUAAAAUCCUUCCCCAUUGCAUCUUCAUCCUUUGUUCAUUUUCCCGCACGUUCGUUUCACUCAUCUCUCCUUUGUACAAACCGAAGUCGCUCUCCUUUAUAUUCCGCUUCCCGUAAACAAAAACAACUUCGUCCCCUGCUCAUUCCACCUGUUCUUCCCGUUUCUUCCCUCUCCAACCACCUGCAAGUGUCGACUCAACGUUUAGUGCGAGAUUUAACUCGUCUUGGCUUUGAAAACGUCUCCCCUAGCUACUUGCUCACUUUUGAAUAUUCCAGUCUAAUCGCAGAAGAGUAUGGCUACAAAGUACAUACAGAUUCCGCUUCCACUCCACCUCCUAAAAAAUCCACUUCUUCCCAUGCAAAUGCUCCUUUGCGACCUCCUGUCGUAACAAUAAUGGGUCAUGUUGAUCAUGGGAAAACCACCCUAUUAGACGCUUUAAGGAAGUCUAGUAUUGCCGCUUCAGAACACGGUGGUAUUACCCAAAAAAUCGGCGCUUUUACAGUCCCCUUCGAUAGUGGUUCAAAGUCAAUUACAUUCCUCGAUACCCCUGGACACAUGGCUUUUGAAGCUAUGCGUAAGCGCGGUGCAAACAUUGCUGACUUGGUCGUGUUGGUCGUUGCUGGUGACGAUGGUGUAAAGCCGCAAACUGUAGAGGCCAUCAAACACAUCCAAUCUGCGGAUGCUCCAGUCAUCAUAGCAAUUACCAAGUGCGAUCGACCAGGGUUGCAACCACGUAAGGUUAUUGAACAGCUUAUGAAUUAUGGUAUUCAAGCUGAGGAAUUUGGCGGUGAUACCCAAGUAGUUUCUGUAUCUGGUAAAACCGGUUCUGGCAUUGACGAAUUGGAAGCUGCUAUUUUGACCCUUGCCGAAAUCUUAGAAAUUCGCUCUUCUCCCAAAGAUCGUUUAGAAGGUUGGGUUGUAGAAUCCUCUGUAGCUAAAGGUGUCGGUUCUUUGGCUACCAUAGUUGUUAAACAAGGAACUCUUUCUUCCGGAAACUUCUUGGUAGCUGGUAAUUCUUGGGGUAAAGUUCGUUCUUUGCUAGAUGUAAACAACAAACGAGUCAAGCAAGUACUCCCCGGUCAAGCUGCACAAGUUCUUGGUUGGAAAGAGUUACCCAAGGCAGGUGACCAUGUAUUCCAAGUGAAGAACGAGUCCGAAGCCAAAGAAGUUUUAGCCGAUAUUGCUCGACGCAAUGACGCUCAGGAAUUGUACCAAUUGGCUGAAUCUCAUAACAAACAACUUGAAGAACAGCGAUUAAAUUCAUCAGAAACUACGGAAAGCACUCCUGAAAAUAGAAAAGAAUACUUUAAUGUUAUCGCAAAGUGCGAUGACACCGGCUCUGCCGAAGCCAUUAUCGAUUUUUUUAAAGGACUACGAAAUGAAGAUUUACAAACGCGUGUCUUAUACGCCGCCGUAGGUCCUGUUACGGAAACGGAUAUUGAGAGAGCAGAAACUUCAAAUGCUAUCAUCAUAUCUUUUGGCGUUCCUGUUCCAAAAGCCACGUUUCGAGAGGCUGAACGACGUAAAGUCAAGGUUUUGUUCCACAACAUUAUCUAUCACUUGAUGGAAGAAAUUCGGAACCUGUUUCGAGAACGUCUUCCUCCCGUUUUGGUUCAACGCGUGCCUAGUGAAGCCACUGUACAAGCAAUCUUUGAUAUCCGUCGUAAAAAAUCAAGUGUAGCCGUUGCUGGCUGCCGUGUGACCAAUGGUACUUUAGAAAAGGCACACAAAGUUCGAUUAAUACGUGCUGGGAAAAUCAUCUGGACAGGUGAGAUAGAAAGUUUGAAGCAUUUGAAAGACGAAGUGACGAAAAUAGCCAAAGGCAGAGAUUGUGGUAUUCUAUUAAAAGGAAUUCUGGAGAUACGAGUAGGUGAUAAAAUUCAAAGUUAUGUUGAUGAAUAUCGCACUCCAGAUUUUUAGAGAACUAUGGAACUGCGGUGAAGUAUUUAUGAUAAAUCAAUUUAGUCAGUCCAUAGAAUGAAUAAUAAUAAUAAAUAAUAUAGAUGUAAACUUAUUCGUCUAAACAUUUUUACGAAAAACA